UCCCACAGAAAGUCUCUGCGGUGUUCUUACAGGAAGCGCGCUCCCCCUCCUGCUGUCCAUGCACAGGUACCACUUCUGUUUGUCCGGGAGACCGGAAGUAGAACUGUGUGCGCCUGCGGUUGGAACUGCGUUUCCCAGAAGCUUCUGGGGCUCGUCCGGAAGUGACCCGUAAGCUCCGCCCACCUGUCGCUGUUCCUUCCCGGGAUCGCCAUGGCGCCCACCAUCCAGACUCAGGCGCAGCGGGAGGAGGCGGGCCACAGGCCCAAUUCUCACCGGACGCUUCCGGAGAGAUCAGGGGUGGUGUGCCGUGUCAAGUAUUGUAAUAGUCUUCCUGAUAUCCCUUUUGACCCCAAAUUCAUCACAUACCCGUUUGACCAGAACAGGUUUGUCCAGUACAAAGCCACCUCUCUGGAGAAGCAACACAAGCACGACCUGCUGACUGAGCCCGACCUGGGGGUCACCAUAGAUCUGAUCAACCCCGAUACGUACCGCAUCGACCCCAAUGUUCUCCUGGAUCCAGCUGAUGAGAAGUUACUGGAGGAGGAGAUCCAAGCGCCAACCAGCUCCAAGAGAUCCCAGCAGCACGCCAAGGUGGUGCCAUGGAUGAGGAAGACUGAAUACAUCUCCACAGAGUUCAACCGCUACGGUGUCUCCAAUGAGAAGCCAGAGGUUAAGAUUGGUGUGUCUGUCAAGCAACAGUUCACAGAGGAGGAAAUCUACAAAGACCGAGACAGCCAGAUCGCAGCCAUUGAAAAGACCUUUGAGGAUGCCCAGAAAUCGAUCUCUCAGCAUUACAGCAAACCUCGGGUUACCCCAGUGGAAGUCAUGCCUGUAUUCCCUGACUUCAAGAUGUGGAUCAACCCCUGUGCUCAGGUCAUCUUUGACUCUGACCCAGCACCCAAGGACACCAGUGGUUCAGCCGCCCUCGAGAUGAUGUCUCAGGCUAUGAUCAGGGGCAUGAUGGACGAGGAAGGGAACCAGUUUGUGGCAUAUUUCCUUCCUGUGGAUGACACGAUGCGGAAACGGAAACGUGACCAAGAGGAGGAGAUGGAUUAUGCCCCCGAGGAUGUGUAUGAAUAUAAGAUUGCCCGCGAGUACAACUGGAACGUGAAGAACAAGGCCAGCAAAGGCUACGAGGAGAACUACUUCUUCAUUUUCCGCGAGGGCGAUGGCGUCUAUUACAACGAGCUGGAGACCAGGGUGCGUCUGAGCAAGCGGCGUGCCAAGGCUGGCGUGCAGUCGGGUACCAACGCUGUGCUGGUGGUGAAGCACAGAGACAUGAAUGAGAAGGAGCUGGAGGCGCAGGAAGCCCGGAAAGCUCAGCUGGAGAACCAUGAGCCAGAGGAAGAGGAGGAGGAAGAGAUGGACUUGGGCAAAGAGGCACAAGGAUCAGACGAAGAGCAGGAGAAAGGCAGCGAGAGUGAGAAGGAGCCCAGCGAAGCGGAGGAAGAGGAGGAGGAGGAGGAAGAGGAGGAGGAAGGCCGCUCGGCCAGCGAGAGCGAGAGGGAGGCCAGCGAAGGGGAGGUCGCGGGCGGCGAGGAGAGCGAGGAGGAUGAGCGGGCGGCCCGAGACAAGGAGGAGAUCUUUGGCAGCGACGACGACGAGGAGGAGGACUCUGAGCUAGAGGGCGGCCAGCCGGAGGGAGAAGAGGAGAGUGGCAGUGAGGAAGAGGAGGAGGAGGAGGACAACGCGGGGAGAGGGAGCCGGCGCCAGCAGCGCCGUGGCAGCCGCAGCCCUCUCCUCAGCGGCAGCGACCGCUCUAACCACGAGGAUGAAGACGAGGAAGAGGGGGAGGUCAGUGCGAGCGAGGCGGCUUCGGAGUCCAGCGAGGAGGGCAGCGACAGCGACUGAACAGCAGCCCGUGUUCGGCAGCAUCAGACGCCCUGCGGCGGAGUAUGAGUGGACCCCUUGCCUGGGAAUGACUUGCUGCUGAUCGGAGCUGGCGAUGCUGCCAGUCCUUGUUCAGUUUGGGGAGCUCAAGGAGCAGAUGCCAGGAUCCCCUCCCUCCACUCCCCUCAGUGCUGGCACAGAACUAUUGCCAGGUUCCUAGUGCAGAAAGAUGGGGUCCCCCCCACAGGAGUGAGAGUGAGUGUGUGUGUUAGUGCUCUUGCUGUCCUUUUUGUUGUGUUUUCUGUUCCCUGCUGUACAUAAUGUGUGCUAUCGCAGCUCACCUUUUUGCAAUAAAGAUGGGAUUUCUUUUGUUUUC